UUCCCGGAAGUAAGCUCUGUCGUUUACCUAGCAUGCUAAGCUAACUCAUUUCGUCUGCUGCUGGAAGAAGACAUGGGGGCUGUGUUUCACAGCCAUUACUGAUAGUAGCGCCGCAUGAAAUCCAUUUAGAACCAGACUGAAACCCGAGAGUCUCUUUUGUAUUACGCUGCUGGAUUAAGCCUGAACAUGGAGUCGAUGUUGAACAAACUGAAAAGCACUGUCACUAAAGUGACGGCAGAUGUCACCAGCGCCGUCAUGGGCAACCCGGUGACGCGGGAAUUUGAGGUUGGCCGACAUAUCGCAAGCGGAGGUCCUGGCCUUUGCUGGAGGAUCUACAAUGGGACCAAGAAGUCUACCAAACAGGAAGUAGCAGUGUUUGUGUUUGAUAAGAAGAUGAUCGACAAGUACCAGAAGUUUGACAAGGACCAAAUCAUCGAUUCCCUGAAGAGAGGGGUGCAGCAGCUGACCAGACUGCGUCACCCGCGCCUCCUGACCGUGCAGCAUCCGCUGGAAGAGUCACGGGACUGCUUGGCAUUCUGCACAGAGCCAGUGUUCGCCAGUCUGUCCAACGUGCUGGGCCAGUGGGACAACCUGCCCAGCCCCGUGCCCAAAGACAUCAAAGAAUACAAACUCUAUGAUGUGGAGACCAAAUAUGGCUUACUACAGAUCUCGGAGGGUUUAUCGUUUCUUCACAGCGGGGUUAAGAUGGUCCACGGCAACUUGUGUCCAGAUAAUAUCAUCCUCAAUAAGAGCGGAGCCUGGAAGAUCAUGGGCUUUGACUUCAGCAUAUCCUCAACUAACCCUUCGGACGCCGAGCCAAAGUACACAUGUAAAGAGUGGGAGCCCAACCUUCCGCCGCUCUGCCUCCCCAACCCGGAGUACCUGGCCCCUGAAUACAUCCUGUCCGUCAGCUGCGACUCGGCCUCCGACAUGUACUCUCUCGGAGUCGUAAUGCACGCCGUUUUCAACGAAGGCAAGCCUGUAAUCCAAGUCAACAAGCACGAUAUUUUUAAGAGUUUCAGCAGGCAGCUGGAUCAGCUGAGCAGCAUGAAUCCGGCACUGCUGAGUAAGAUCCCACAGGAUGUGCGAGAGCACGUCAAGAUGUUACUCAGCGUGUCGCCGACGGUCCGACCGGAUGCAGACCAGAUGACUAAGAUCCCAUUUUUCGAUGAUGUCGGGGCAGUAACGUUGCAGUACUUUGACACACUCUUCCAACGGGACAACCUGCAGAAAUCUCAGUUCUACAAAGGUUUACCAAAAGUGCUGCCAAAGCUACCAAAGAGAGUUGUGGUGUACCGCAUAUUGCCGGCGUUGACCUCGGAGUUCGUCAACCCAGACAUGGUUCCGUUUGUGCUGCCGAAUGUGCUGCUUAUUGCCGAAGAGUGCACCAAGGAGGAGUACAUUCGCCUCAUCCUGCCCGACCUCACGCCUGUUUUCAAACAGCAGGAGCCUCUCCAGGCUAGUAACAUGAUCCUGCUAAUAUUCCUGCAAAAGAUGGACCUUCUGCUGACAAAGACGCCGCCAGAUGACAUCAAGAACAGCGUGCUUCCCAUGGUCUACAGGGCUGUGGAGGCUUCCUCAGUUCAGAUCCAGGAGCUGUGCCUGAACAUCAUCCCGACGUUUGCCAACCUGAUUGACUAUCCGUCCAUGAAGAAUUCUCUCAUCCCGCGCAUCAAGUCAGCCUGCCUGCAGACGUCCUCUCUCGCUGUGCGAGUGAACUCCCUGGUGUGUCUGGGGAAGAUUCUGGAAUAUCUGGAUAAAUGGUAUGUCAUCGAUGAAAUCCUUCCCUUCCUUCAGCAGAUCCCCUCCAGAGAGCCAGCUGUCCUGAUGGGGAUUUUGGGAAUCUAUAAAUGCACCUUUACGCACAAGAAGCUUGGCAUCCCCAAAGAGCAUCUCGCCACAAAGAGUUUGCCCCACCUUGUCUCUCUUAGUAUCGACAACAACCUAAAUCUAAAUCAGUUUAAUUCCUUUAUGAUGGUAAUCCGGGACAUGCUGAACCGCAUGGAAGCUGAACACAAAACCAAACUGGAGCAGCUGCAUAUCAUGCAGGAGCAGCAGAGGAGUCUAAACAUCACAAAUCCAGGGAAUUCCACAGAAGAAAUUAAAAGCCCACCAAGCUCUGGAAACCAGAUUGACGACAUAUUUGGCAGCGCGGGUGUUAAUGGGAAAGAAAAUGGAUCUGCUGCAACACCGUCGCAGCCUAACAGGGUUUCUCUGACUCUGGAAGAGAAACAAAGGUUAGCCAAGGAACAGGAACAGGCAGCUAAGCUGAGGAGCCAGCAGCCGUUGGCACCUCAGGCCAUCAAACCUUCGUCCUCCAGCAACUCACAGACUAAAGACCUGACCAGCAGCCUGCUGAACAGCAUGACGUCUCUAAACACCCUGUCCUUGGCGAGCUCAGCGCGGGCCCCCCCGGUACAAGGCGCCACCAUGUCCGCCUUCCCCUCAUCCGGUCCGAUGGUGCCGGUCUCUAACGGUUUCAACCCCAGCAUGGCUUUCCAAUCUGGGGGCGUUGGGAUGGGCAUGCGGCCCUCGGGCCCCGGCCUCUACGGAGGAAUGGCCUCCACCACCAGCACCCCCAACUUCGGGGCUCUGACGCAGAAUCAAGGAGCGUCUGGGCUGACGAACAGACCGCCCGACCUGUCGGCCUUGGACAACCUGUUUACGCCCAACAAGCCCAAAGUCUCUCUCAACCAAAUAGGUCCGCAGGCCGCACCUGGAGGUGGUUCCCCCUGGGCCAAUCAGUUCGGAUCGGCCCAGAACACUCAGACUCCGAUGGCGGUGGGGAUGGGAGGGAUGCCCAGCGGGUUUGGGAUGCAGGCAAACCCUUUCUUCAGCCCACAGAACUUUUCUCAGCCGGGUUCUGCCCCGAGCAUGAACCCAGGCGGAGUGAAACCGAGCGCGUCUGCGAACAAUGACCUGCAGGACUUAUUCGGCUGAACCGAAACGGGGGACGGAAAAAAAAAAGAAACGAAAACGACCCCCUGAUGAAGUAUAUUCUUUUAAAGACUGUAGAGAUGAGAGCUUUGAGUUAUCGCAGAUGAUUGUCGAGCACUUUCACAGGUGUUUUUGUACUUUUAAUCUCGUCUAAUUUAACGUCUCGUGUUGACGGUCUGCUGGAAAAUGAAACCCGCGCCAACGGUCCGGUGUGGGUUUCCCUUCUUUUACGCUUCAGUCUUUCAAUGCUGGGGGUUUCCUACUGUUUUUGUAUUUUCCCAGGCAAAUAUGUUGAUUGGGUCGAGAUGAAUUUGAGUUUGGUUCAUUGUCCAAAUGGAAGGAGAGUAUUUUGCUUAAAAGAACAAGAUUUUUUUCAUUUUCAUACUUAGGAAAUGUUGCAAACCUGCUGUGCUCACUUCACAUCUGCUCACUUUCAGGCUUCUGUACUUCCACUGCCUUUCCAGAACAUUUUGAGGUUCAGGUUAAGGAACAUGGUGUGCGACUUAAUUGGGAGGCAGGCUUGCUUUUGAAAACCGCUUUUUUUGCGGUUUCACAUGUUGUAUAUGUUUCUCUAAAGAUAAACUGGACAAUCCUUCUGGGCUUCAUUCCACAUUUACCUCCAUUCCUUGCACAUUGGCCUCCAUUUGCUUUCAUCAGCUUUGCAGGUGAAUAUCCUGGUUUCUGUUGUUGCAGAGUCUUUCUCCUUCCUGGUUCUGGUCAUAGCGGAGUGGCUGUUACUGCUGUGCUCAACGCUAAAGGCGAUGUGGAAAGUAUGCACUUCUUUUGUUCUUGUGCCUUACAAGGGUACAUGUCUAAAACUAAGCAGCACUCAAUUGCUACACAAGUAGGCAUGGGUCAGGGUAAAAUAUUACUAUAUUAUAUUGAGGAUCAUACCGUGGUGUUAUACUAUGAACACACACAACAAACAAAAAAUAAAAAUUAUGUUAUUCUUUGUUAAAACAGGAAAACUAAUAAUGAUUCCUAAUGUUGCAAAGGUAAGUUGUUAGUUGUAAUAUUACCUUUCUGGAUCUGAGAUUUCAAAAAAGUUGCCAACAUUUCCAAUUCUCCAACAUGUUAGAAGAUAAAACUGUAAUUUUGCUUUACUUUGAGCUCUAUUUCUUCUAAGUUCUGCUCCAUCUAGUUGACAUAACUUCUAGGAAUCACUAAAAUGUUGUAAAAAUGCAAUUCUUUGUUCUUCCUCAAAAUUAUUAGUUACUACCUCAGCCUGUAAGCAGUGAGAUGAGUUUCUGGUCAGGAUUUCCUCUCAGCAACUGAUUUCUCAGUGGACUUUUGCAACAUUUAUUUAUUAUUUGAAUUUUAAUACAAAGGCUUAAGCAAAACUAUUAAACACCUGCUAAAUUUAGUUGUAGCUUUGUCACAACUUUUCUAUUCUUUUUACAUUCUGCUUAAACUUAAACUACCUGGUGUUAGCCAGGCUAUCUGCUCAAGUAGCUGUGUCAGAUUCUCAGUUUUUAUGCUGUAGUUUUAAAACAUGUUUUGCCUUAAAGAUAGGGGUGGAUGGCGCUCCUUUAGUUGCCAUUUUUAAAGUAAAGACAGCUACGGAUGGAAAUAUUUCCACGUGGGAAAAAACUAAAAUAGAUUUGGGAACGAUGCACCGGAAAACGUUUGCAGUUAUUGAAGAUUUUUUUUUUACCUUGAUAAGAGUAACUGACCCAUGCCUACACAAAAUUGUUCCAAUGGAUGUGACUUGCUUGGUUGCGUUUCACUGACCAGAUCAAUUUUAAAACUGUUUUUCUUAUUAUCAACUAAUAUUACAGAUUAUUUUUUUUUGUCAUGUGACCAACCAUAUCACAAUCCCCAUACUUUAUGUGCAUUAAUAUGAAAUGAAACUGUGUAGUUAUUUCAACAUGGAGCGCUCCAAGAGGCCCCUGGCAUCUUUUUGUUUUUGUGAUUCUGGGUUAAGAGGCCUUAGAUGAGUCGAGUGCAAUAAUCCUUUUCGGUUCUUGAGGGUGAAAAUAGUUUGUCGGAACCAGCUCUCGUUGUGUGUGACUUUCUCCGCUGACCUGCAGUGAACUUCACUGUUCUGUCGGAUUUUAUUAAUGACUAGAUAUUAAUGUGAAUUCACUCUGAAUUAAACAUUUUGGGUCUUUUAGAUUCACCUCGCUUACAUUGAUUCUGCUGAUGAUUGUCUUUUAUUUAAUGUUUUAAUAUAAACUUUGCUCUUCAGGUUCUGUUCAUUUCCACACUGUUAACGCUUUGCUUUGAUUAACUCGAUUGGUUUACUGGAGUGUCGUUUCACAUAUUGUAGCAGAACCCCAAAGCUAACUGAAACUCGGUCUUUGAUUAGGCCGUUUGUAAACUACUGCUGUUCUGUGUGUGAAGUGUGAGCCUCGUUUUGUGUCCAGGUGCUGGUUUCUGAAGUGGUUCCAUGAAGAUCUGUACAUAUAUAAAAGCAUACAAUCCAAUAUUCUCAAAAUAUGGUCACUGUUGGUUUGAUUAUUAUUAUUUUUUUGUGAUCACUUUUAUUUGAAGAGGAAACAAUUGUAUUAAACAUUUCUAGAUACAUUAGAACAGGGAAAACAAUAGCUUAAGACAUCUUAAUAAAAGUGAAAAACAAAUACGAAGUUCUUUGGUUGUGGCAGAUUUUAUGAACAUUUAAAGGUGCAUCAUGGCCCAAAAUAUUGCAAAAA